AUGAAGAACGAGGAGAUCGCCGGACUGCUGCAAGCAUUGGAGCUCAACUUUAAGCAGCAUUCAGAUGCUCAAUUCCAGAAGUUUUCAUCUCUGUUGGAUCAGCAUGUAUCCAAGACUGAGGAGCGACUAGCUCAGAUGCCACCUCCUAGCUCGGGAGAAUCGGAGGGUCGUGCAAGUGUGGACCGGGAGAAUGGCCGUUCGGGGAGCAAACGAUCGGAGAAUGUGGCUGACAAUCGGGAACUGAAUUCCUUACUCAAGACAUUGCGGGUGAAGGUACCCAGGUUUGAUGGAGCCAAUGUAGAUGACUGGGUGUACAAAAUAAACAAGUUCUUUGACUUGCAUAAGGUGGAUGAUGACAUGCGACUGGCAAUGGUGGCUUUUCACUUGGAGGGGACCCCAUCAACAUGGUUCCAAUGGAUGGAAAAAGGGGGUGCAAUCACGGAUUGGUCUUCUUUUCUACGAGCACUACAACAGCGUUUUGGGACAUCUAUCUAUGAUGACCCCUUGGGAAGGAUCUCUAAACUGACUCAGUCGGGUCGAGUCUCGGAAUAUCGAGCAGAAUUCGAAGCAUUGAUGCCAAGGAUUACAGGUGUGUCGGACGCAAUGUUUCUGAAUUUUUUCAUCUGGGGUUUGAAGAUGGAUAUUAGGAGGGAAUUACUACUGUCGAAACCUGUCGAUUUAAGCGAUGCAAUGGCGAAGGCUCAAUUAUAUGAAGACCGGAAUGAGGAUCUGGGUGGCCGACGUCGGGUGGACACACCACGGACUACGUGGUACAGUAAGCCCACGACUACAACAAUGAUUACCCCAACUAGUCCGAUGGGGCCAUAUAAACCAGGUACCUCUCAGCAACCCACCCAAGCAUCUAGCAUCGCCCCACUGCCGAUCAAGAAACUAUCUCCAGCCGAGCUCAAAGACCGGAGGGAUAAAGGUCUCUGUUUUACUUGUGACGAGAAGUUCAGUUUCGGACACAAAUGUAAGAAUCGAAUGCUCAUCUUAUGUGCUUCAGAGGAAGAUGAUACUGAUACUGCAAUGGAGACCACGUGCAACGAGUUGGAGGAUAAUACAGAAGACGAGGUCAGCUUGAAUUCUCUGUCAAACCCAUUAAAUCCAAGAAUAUUCAUAAUCAUGGCACAACACGGGUCCGAGCAAUUGGAGGUAUUAAUUGAUACGGGUAGCAACAACAAUUUUAUCCAGGAAUCGCUAGCGGCUCAACUACGAUUGCAAUGGGAGGAAACAAAACGUUUCAAAGUUUAUAUGGGCAAUGGUCAUUUUUUGUUGUGUUCAAAACUGUGCCGAGGAGUGGAAUUAAUGGUGCAGGGACAUCGAUUUGUGGUCGAUUUAUACGUGCUACCAAUUUGCGGUUUGGAUGUGGUGUUCGGGAUGCAGUGGUUACAAACUCUAGGCCCUUGUAUCCAUGACCACAAGGCUCUUACUAUGGAGUUUUCAUGGGAAGGCAGUGUGGUUAAACUUGCUGGUUCAAAGGACGUGGAGGCGCACCAAUUAUCCUUUUCCCAGCUACAUACAUUGAUCCGAGAAGGGGACGUUCGGGAUUGUUUCAGACUCUGCGCGACUAUAACAGAACUGAACAAUGAUACGGAAGCACUCACUAAAGUUCAAGCGGUCUUGCCGAGAGAAGGGACCGAGCUACUGACGGAGUUUCAAGAUGUUUUCACCGAACCGAAACAUCUUCCACCACACCGCAAUAUGGAUCAUAGGAUCUUCUUACAGCCAGGGACGUUGCCUAUUAAUGUGAGACCAUACAGAUAUCCUUAUUUCCAAAAGGAUAUCAUUGAGCAACUGAUUCAAGAAAUGAAGGAAUGUGGGUUCAUACGAGCUAGCACUAGUCCUUACUCAUCACCAGUUCUAUUGGUAAAGAAAAAGGAUGGUACAUGGAGAUUUUGUGUGGAUUAUAGGGCUCUCAACGACAUCACCAUCAAGGAUCGUUUUCCAAUCCCGACAAUAGACGAACUAUUAGACGAGUUGGGCCAAGCUCAAGUAUUCUCUAAGCUUGAUCUUCGGGCCGGGUACCAUCAAAUCAGAAUGGAUCCGAGGGAUAUCCAUAAGACCGCCUUCCGCACCCAUGAAGGACAUUACGAGUUUGUCGUCAUGCCGUUUGGGCUUACAAACGCCCCAUCAACUUUUCAGGCAGCAAUGAACCAUGUUUUCAGACCGUUUUUGCGGCGUUUCGUCACUGUGUUUUUCGACGAUAUUUUGGUAUAUAGCCGUUCUUGUGAGGAGCAUGUGAGCCAUUUGAGAUCGGUGUUACAAUUAUUGCGGAGUCACAACUUUUAUGCGAAGCGUAGCAAGUGCCAAUUCUUCCGAGAUACUAUUGAAUAUUUGGGUCAUAUUGUCUCCUUCCAAGGAGUUCGGGCAGACCCAGCAAAAACAGAUGCCAUGGUGAAUUGGCCGACUCCGAGCACGCUUAAACAGCUCCGUGGGUUCUUGGGUUUGACGGGAUACUAUCGCUGCUUCGUAGCUCAGUAUGCCACCAUCGCUGCCCCACUGACCGCACUCCUCAAGAAGGAUAAUUUUCACUGGUCAACCGAGGCAGCAGAGGCUUUUACGAAGUUAAAAAUAGCUAUGACGACCACACCAGUCCUUCAUUUACCUGAUUUCUCUAAGACUUUUGUGGUAGAAACUGAUGCUUCUAAUGUGGGUAUUGGUGGUGUUUUGAUGCAGGAGGGUCAUCCAUUAGCCUUUUUCAGUAAAAAACUGGGCCCAAAAUUUGCUACAGCUUCCACAUACAGUAAAGAGAUGAGGGCGAUAGUGGAGGCGGUCACUAAAUGGCGUCAAUAUUUGUUGGGCAGGCACUUCAUUAUUCGGACAGACCAUCGAAGCCUCAAAGAAUUACUCACUCAAGUAAUUCAAACUCCGGAGCAGCAGCAAUUUUUACACAAGUUGAUGGGCUACCAAUUUUCUAUUGAAUAUAAAAUGGGGAAACAGAAUUCCGCGGCGGAUGCGCUCUCGCGGUAG